UGCUCAAGUACCUAGGUACUCAAUACCUACCUACCCAGGUACCUACUUAUCUAGGUAAGUACCUAGGUAGGUAGGUGAUAAGUAGACUGGUUGCAUCAUCGACGGCCGAUGCCGCACCAGCACGCGUUUGUGUUCUCGUCCUCGUCCUCGCCCUCGGCCGCCACGCGCACCAGCCCACCCAUCCAGGCUCAAUGGCACGGCUGGGCUCGAUCACCCUGCCCGACCUUCCCUCGGAGCUCAUCAGCAACGUGCUAUCCUACCUGUCGCCUCUCGAUCUCGUUUCCGUCUCCCUGACAAACCACCUACUCAGGGUCCACUCUCUUGCAGACCACUUGUGGCAGGGAAUUGUCCAGGCGCAGUUGCACGGCGUGAAGCUCACCACCCCGAGCCCAUGCGCGUCUUUCCGGGAGCUCUACAUCGCACACGACCCGCGCUGGUUUCUGACAAGGUACAAGAUCUGGUUCUGCGACCGCGACCUCACGGGCAAACUGGUAAUCGUACGUUACGAUGACCGCCGAGGUGUCAUCGAGGGCUACCAGCUGUUGGCCAACCGGCCCAUGUCCUCCACCACCAGCCACCACCAGAGCUUGAGCGAGCACGGCGAGCUCGUCAUUCACGACUUCGAGCCAGAAUUAAAGCUUCACCUCGACAAGCCUGUCCUGCAGCUGAGGGCCAACAGCCUGGAGAACACCAUCCGCGUGACCACCGCGAGGUCGCCGCCGCCCUCCACUAGUGGCCCCUCCGCCCUCCCAUCAGCAACCGACCACCCGAACAAGUUCUCCGCCGAGACACCCAUGCCCCUUGACAAUAGGUUUACCGACAACAUGUUCAACACCUUCAUACUAGCCCGCUCCCUUCCGGACUCUCUGGCCAAACAACGCCAGCGUCUUCCUUUCCCCUACGGGAAUACAUGGCCGCCUCCGGCCGUACCAGCGGCCACCUGGGUUUCCGCGGGCGAUUUGAUCGGCCCUGAGGAUCGUCCUACCACCAGGGGCGAGAUCAACGACAAGGUCUUCAGGAUACGCUCGUGGCUAGAAAUGCGACCCGCGGGGCUGCGCGGGGUGUCCAGGCCCUCUUUACCCCUGGAUAACGACUGGCCCUCGAACAACGCAGUCUUUGGACAGGCAUCUCGAGCCUGGCCGUCUGAUUAUAACCCCGGGACCCGCCCCUCCAUGAGCACACAUGUUGGCGAUCAGAUCACCACGUACUCAACGCUAGAUCCCGAAUUAUAUACCCCGAAUACAAGCCAGCCCUGGAAGGGAAUUUGGGUUGGCGAUUACAGUGCGCACGGCUGCGAAUUUCUGCUCGUCACGCAGAGUCACACAACCCCUUUUGACGAGGCCGCAUUUGAUGCGACAAGAACAGAGGAAGAAUCCGUCGCAGACUUCCAACGGCGCAAGACGGAUGCCCGGAGAUACCGUGGUCGUCUCGAGGCCAUCAAGCUUACAGGUGAUCCCAAUGUUCCUCGUGGUGAAUGCACUUUUGUAGCAGAGGACCUCGGCGAAGACGGAUUCGUGACUACGAUAGACGAUGAGCCGUUCAGGGGCGCGAGGGUGGUCAAAAGCAAGGGCCAUGUUGCCCAGACAGGAUUCGUGAAUGACAACUACAUUAAGUCACAGUUGCUCCUGAUAUCUGAGAAAAGGCUGGCUCAGUACUGGGUGGGAUUCGGUCAUGUUAGCUUCUUCGAGAAGGUCGACAUUGACCAGUUUCUCGUACCGGACUAGCGAUCGCCCACAGGAGAUUGAAUUAGCAAUGGUAGACGAGAGCACUCGAAAAUAGACCAUGAGCUACUAUAUUGAGCAAAACAGUCAUCUCAUUUGUAUAGGCGGACAUGCAUCUUUCAAUACUGGGGCCUGGCGCCGGCAGCUAAGCAAGAAUACCCCCGUCUGUCUUUUCUUUAAUAAUACUCGGGGCAAACACCAUGCGUGACUGAGCACCGGAUAACAUCAACCGGAGGUACCUAUGUAGGUCUAUUUGUUGUAUAUCAACUGCCCAGGUGCCCGGCAACGGUAUCUAACCCCCCCUCCCUCCCCCGAAAAAGAGAGGGAAAAUCUGCUAUGGGAUAUUCUCUUCUAGGACAAAUAGUUCAUUUCUGAUCCCAUUACAUAAGAAGCCAUCUUGAAUAG